AUGGGCGUGAAGCUAAAGAGUUGGAGACACUCUGUGAAAGACACGUUAAAAAUUCAGCCGGGCGAUACUCCUAACAUAGUGAAGGCGAGAAUGGGCCAAGAUGCCGUUUCGCAAUACAACGCUGAUGACUUGGAUGUGUUGUUGGAUAAAUGGUGCGACCCAAAGAAUCAAGAGUAUGCUGCCUACAUGAAGGCAUUGCGAGCAAAAAACAAUACACCUCACUGCACCGGGUCGAUGAGCUUUGCUAGAGCGACACAUGAAGAGACCUUAUCUUUAGGCACUACUCCAACUCGAGCGCAAGCUUACAUCACGACACACACGAAGAAGGAUGGUGACUACGCGAAUGAAGUGGUCAGGGAGAGAUGUGAGAUGAUGAAAGAAUUGCUACCCACUGACCCGGCAUUGACGUCGAGUGUGACUGAAGGGACGGUAAGGUGGACACCUAAUAAUGCGUAUGCUCAGGCGCAUGGAAAUAAGCCUAAGUACGCUGCCAGGGUUCGACAGGUGGGCCCAAAUGUUCUACCGGUACGGAGUAGCAUACAUUCGUACUAUACACCGUCACAGGCACGGAUUAGAGAACUUGAAGAGGAGCGGACACAACAAAGACAUGCGCUGGAUGAGAUGGCCAAACAGAUUGAAGAACAAAAAUCUUUGAUAGCAGAGAAAUAUGCCAUCUUUAAAGCCUGUUUCCGCCAGCUUGAGGCUAUGCUCGAUUCGACCUCUGGAUUUGCGCCCCACAGAGGUAAUGCAGAUUAA